UGCUAUUCAGAUACAUUUCAAAUAAUAAUAAAUAAAGUUUGAGUUUAAAUCAAAUUGAACAAUUUUAAUUUAGAGUGUGAAAAACGGCUAUCAGCUGAAGUGCUGCAAAUUUACACCGGCAACUAUAAAAUCACAUCGUAUUUAUCGUUAGAUAGAUGUCAUUUGUUAUGGUAUCAGAACUUCUGAAGAUCACAAUGAAAGCAGAAGAUAAGAGUUCAUUACAAAAGGUCCGGAUCGCCGUUUUGGGGAAUGUUAACGUUGGCAAAUCAGCAUUGACAGUACGUUAUUUGACCAGACGUUAUAUUGGUGAAUAUCGUUCAAAGACCGACCUGCUGUAUCGCCAAACGAUUUCAUUAGACAGUGGUCUACUUGAUGUCGAAAUCAUCGAUGUAUCGGCUGACACCGAAAAUGAUUUUCCGAUUGAACAAAUUCAAUGGGCUGACUCAUGCCUAAUCGUAUACAGUAUUAUAGAUCGUGAAAGUUUUAAGUACGCAACCAGAGCGUUGGGCAACCUUAAAUCACUACAAAAUGGACCAUCUGCCUAUUUGAUUGCAAACAAAGCCGAUCUAGAUCAUUUAAGAGAGGUGAGCGAGUCUGAAGGUGCAUCAUUGGCUGCUUCGCAUGGUAUUGGAUUUUGUGAAAUAAGUGUAGCAGACAAUUCGCCAAGUCUAUACAAAGCAUUCGAACGUUUGUUGAACGAUUCAAAAGCACGACCGGUCAAACAACGGAAAUUUUCUGUCAGUAAAAUACUAGGUAUUGGCAAUAAGGAAACAAAAACAAUUCCAUUGAAUCAAGGAGGAACAAUGGUUGCUUGUUGUAAAGGCGAGCUUCACAAGACUCGUGUAGUUAAACGGCGCCAAGGAUUUAUAGCGACGGCAUCACUAUGACCACUACAGAAUGCAACGGAAUGCGGCAAAUAAAGCAAAUCCGUGUAAAUUAAAUCCAUGCUGGAAAAAUAUCUUAUCCGUGUGCGCGAAUUCUGUAUUGUUCAGCGGUGUCCAGAAGAUAGAUGCAGUCAACACAACCCUAUUGUGGUUUGCAAAUGGUAAUUGCUGGAACAAAGCUUUCACUUUUUCCGCUCGGUUUCGCGCACAUAUUUAUAUAAAAUAUAUACAUAUACACAUCAAGUGGUUAUUGUGUGCACUACACACAAUAGAAUCUAAUUUUCUAUCAUAACAAAACAGAACAACAAAACGAACCAAAAACAUUUUCAAACAUGUGCAUCGGCCUAUUGUUAUAGAUGAAUAAGUGAUAACUCAAUUAUUAUGCACUGAAUUUCUGUAUCCAAUUUUGUGUUUCAUAAACAAUUUUCUUAAUGCAAUGUUCUUAAACAUGCACUCAAAGAAUUCGAUGAUAAUAUGCACGUGCAAUUAUAUUGUGCUUUUCAUAAAAUAGCGAUUCAAAGUGAUGGAGCACAUUUUCUUGGCAAUAGUUAGGUAUGCAUAGUUGUUCUGACUAUUUCACGCAAACAAACUCGCUUGAAAUGCAAAUUAUUUGAAAAAAGAAAAAAAAAAAUGAUGCGUGCGUCAAGUAGAAAAAUAGAGAUAGAAAGAGAGAGAAAGGAAUGAAUUGCUUAAGUUGCUGCUAUAUUCAAAUUAUGUUUUGAGAGCACGAACAUUAACCGCACCGAAAUUUAGCCGAUAAACGAUUCAUUUUUUUCAUUUUUACAUUCAUGAGACCAUUUGUUUACACGCAUUCAAGACACUAGAAUCACAUUCAUGCCUAUUUCAUGAGUAAAUGUCUGCUUUAUUGGCCUCGCGGUUGAUGUGUGCUCAUGUUUCUUGCGAUAGAUAUAUUUAUAUAUUUCGGUUUGUGUGCGCUCGCAUCCGCGUAUCUGACUGUACACCAAUAAUACUUAGUGAUGGAAUUCAGGUUCUCGAAAUUAUGACAGCGCAGCGAUUAGAGAACGAUGCCUUGCAAACUAUGAAAAGAAUCCGUGACAAAAAAAAAUGUUAUAAAAUAGACUAUGUCGCGGCGCCAAUCAAUCGCGAUUUUCUCAACAACAAAAAGAUUUAUGAAUAACCACAACAACUGCGAUGAAAAUGAUGAGAGCGCGGUACAUUGAAAAUUGGGAAUUUUUGUCGGUUUUCUUCUUAUUUGAAAUGUCUCAAAUUUAAGUAUAUGUUUAGCUUGCUCUCAAGGGACAGCCACCGGUGACUCUUAUAUUUGUCGAAAAAAUGAACACGGACGAUUAUGAUUUCUUCCUGAUUCACAAUUUUCAUAAAUUUGCCAAACAAACAAAUGGUUCACUUCUUGGAUUCGUUUGAAAAUGAAAUUGUGUGGCUUGGCGUCGGUCUGAUCAUGCAAUUGAGUAACCAGAUAUCCAUUGAAAAGUCGUUGUCGCUGACAUAUGGCAGCAGGAAAACCCAAAACAUUAAAAUUAUAUGAUUGGGUCAAUAAAUUCCACAUUUAAAAAAAAAAAAUGUCGAAAUUUAAAUAAGGCUCGCGCAUACAAACUCUAUCGGAUUUCCCGUGUUCGUCAUUAUAGACUUUAGCAUAGUUUUUAUGUUAUUUUCGAUUUCACUGAAAACGUUGCAUACCUUUUGUAAGAUUUGAUUUAAUAAAAAUCGUCUAAUUCACAUUGAGCGAAUGUGUCUACGCAUUGAGAAAAUUGCUUUAAGAGAAAACAAAAAUAAAUUUACACAUCACAAACAUUUCUUAAUUUAAUCAUUUAAGUAACACACAUACGACAUACAUGCCCAACAAUUUAUUGGAAUUGGAGAAUUUUAUGCUCAAAAUAAUAGGCGAUUAAUUAAAAAAAAUGGCUGUGAAGAAAUUGAAACUUUUUUUAGGUAUUAAAUUAAUGAUUAAAAUAGCUGACAGAUUUCAGUUCUUCUGGGACAAAGAUAGAGUAUGGUUUUUAACAACAAACCAAAUUGUAUGGAGGUUCUUUGGUUCAAAAAAGAUAGAAUAUUUUCAAUUGUAAUUUGAUACGUAGAUUUUGUUAAGUAAAUUUUUUUACUAAAAAAAUGAUAAACACUCGAGGUAUUAUCAUAAAUAAAUUUAUUAAAUUAAUAAAUGUCGAUUGUAGCAAACCAAAUAAUGCUUGUAGGAUAUCGUUUUUGAUAUAUGUAAUGAAGAUCGAAUAAGAUUUGAAAAAGGGGAAUAACCUUAUCCAUAAAAUAUCCAAACAAGUCAUAUGGGAAAUAGAUUAAUUGCAGGCCGCCGUCAGUUCAAAUCCGUCGGUUCGAUGAAAUUCUUUUGAAUUGACGAUUUUUUUUCUUCAAAAUCAAUGAAUGGAACUUUGAAGUAACGGCGGUAUUCUGUACAAAAACAAACACCUACAUGCAAAAUAUACAAAUUAUAAAUAUUCCAAUAGCCACCAUUUGAAUCAAAAUGGAUAAUUGUUUAUUCUAUGUUUUUAUCGAUGUGGUCUCAAACAUAAACGAUAUAUUUCAAUGUUCCAAUCAAAUCAUAAUCAAAUACACAAUGUCCCGUCACAUUUCAAAAGACAAUCAAAAACACCUUGAAUCGUUUUUUUUUUUUUUUUAAACUCAACGGUUUCAUAAGUCAGACUUAAGAUUAAAAUAAACAUAAGACAUCUUUCCUUAUUACUGGCGAAUUGAAAACGUUCUAUGAACUAUUUUGACAAAGUCACUCGCAUAUGUGUGCACAAUAAUGAGAUUGAAUAUAUUUUUGUAUACGGCCUUUUGUGUGCCGAAUAUAUCAAAAUAAUUACUUUAAAAAAAUAAAAUAUACACGUGAUAUUUAAAUUGUUUGAAUCUACAUCUUAAGUGCUAUUCAAUAAACAUAGAAUUUUACAUUCGUAGCAGAAUGAAAGCCAUCAAGAGAGCAUUUAAACAAUAAAUCAAAAAGAAUAUAAAUAACAUAUGAAACGAGAUGUCUUUUUUAUUAGUGUUUACAUAAAAUUACGAAAUUCAAAGCGGUUUUGGUGUUUUUGUUUGCUCUGCGGAAAUGUUGUAUAACAAGAUGAUUGAAUUUUCCAUAAUUUUAAAAUUGAUAAGCUGGAUGCAAACAACGAAAUUAUGAAAAGAAUGGUACAUAAAAAAACACACACAGAAAAAAUGAAAUUGAGACUUCAUUUGAACGAAUAUUGAAAAUUUUUGUCACCUGAAAAUGAUACAA